CUCUCUCUCUCCUCACUGCUGGCUCCCAGCACUGGAGUACUGCCCAUAAGCACUGGAUUGCUACUAGCCAGCCCUGAAGAAGCCUCAAGAAAAUCCAACUUGCUGACAAUCAUUUAAAGUGGGAAGAGAUUAAAAACAGAAUCAGCAGGAGCAUUACAGGAAACAUCUAGAAUUUGCUGGAAAAGCUGACCUCCUGCCCCGGAAACCACAGCGCCCCCUGUUGGUGGUCCUCCUCCGAGCUGACAGGAACAUCCUGCCUUCCGCUCAAGUGCCCAUUUUCCAGCCGCUAUGAAGCUGAGCAGCCUCUCCCUGCUGGCCUUGACCAUCUUGCUUUGCCUCCACAUGGCCCAGCCUGGACUACGGAAGAAUGGAACUAAAUGGAAACCUGGAUAUUGCCCAGAGUUUUUUCUUGAGUGUGCUUUCAAUGGAUUCCCUGGGUGCUUGAGUGAUCGAAAUUGCAAGUCAGGCAAGAAGUGUUGCUACUACAACUGCCGACAUCAGUGUAUGAAACCAGCGUUAUCUGUGGAUUGAGGUGGAAACUUCUUCUUAACCAGGCCUGAGAAGACUGAUACUAAGAGCUCAGACUUGGAUAAUUGGACACCAAAUCUUCCCUGCUUCUCCCAGGCCUUCAGGUUAUCAAGAAUUAAAUCCAUGCAAAAGUUAAAUGCAUAGUAACAUGAAAACAAAGAAACAAAGCCUUAUGUAUUAGCCCGUUUCUGUUGCUAUAACAAACUGCUUAAGGGUGAAUACUUCCCAGAGAAAAUGGUUUACUUAGCUUGCAGUUCUAGAGAUUCAGGAGCAUGCCCAAAUUAUCUGCUCACCUCACAGAAAAUGGCACAGUGGUGAGAGCACAUUUGAGUGUGGAGAGUGGUGUAUGCAGAAUAAAAAGUCUAGGGAAGCACCAGAGUCCCUUAUAAUAACCCUGUUUUCAGGAGAAUUAACUGAUUCACAAUGUCUGCAUUGAUAACUUCUAAAGGUAUUGUCCCCAUAAUCUAAUUAUCUUCCACAAGCCUCCCACCUCCUAAAAUCUACUAUCUAUCAAUACUGACACACUGGAAAUCAAGCUUCCAACAUAUAAACCCUUGGAGGACAGACUCAGACAAUAUUCAAAUCAUGUCACAUUGUAUAUUUAAAACUACAUGAGUAUCUACAAGAUUUCUGAGUCUCUCAUUCUGUCUUUCUUUCCCACCCCUACAAUCACAUGCCCUCCUGGGUGAUUCCAUAUGAUAUAUAAAAUAUAUGGAGUUACUAUUUCACAUUAGAUUUUAAUCAUUCUUGCACUUAUAAUUUUGUGAUAUAUUUCUCUUUUAAAAUAUGUCCUGACACCCAGAUUUUCCAUAGGUCAGAUUUAAGGGACACUGUAGAGUAAAACUUUUGGGUUAGGAUCUUUCAAAAACCAAACAUGUUCUCCUAGGGAGAAGGAGCAAGUAAUUUUUGCUAGUUUCUCUGGUACUGGUGCCAGUGGUCUUUCCAUUUGUAGAUCUACAGCUAGAUUUGAAAUUUUGGAUUGGAAAUGGAGCAGGACAUAACUUAGGUCCAGGAUACUUUAUGUCCUACAGAAUGUAGGUUAUAAUAAACUAAGAAGAGGAAUUUUUUCUUUUUAUUUUAUGAAAAAAUAAUUUCAUAGGGCCGGGGAUUUAGCUCAAUG